UUUUGUUUCUCACCGCCCGACAGUUGUUUUUGAUUUUUCGCCGUGCUCGCUUUAUCGGACGCUCGCCAGCUUUUUGGGGGCCUGUUUUGUAUUAUUAUUUUAUGUUGUAUGCGCAGCACACUUGAUGGCAAUUGUUGUCAUUGUUUUUGUUGCCGUUGCCGCUGGCUGCCCCACACUGUUGUUUUAGUCUUGUGGAAUCGGAUGCUCGGUAAUAAAUGUGUACGGUUGUGUGAGUGUUUGUGUUCCGUACCGUUCGCGCCGUUCAUUGAUUUCCUAAUUAAGUUUAUAAUUAAAAUUAAUUGAAAAAUUACUCACAUGUGCACAUACAAAGAUAUGAGCAUAUACAGACCCACAUGUAAAUUGGCUGGCCGCAACGAAAAUUGUAUGAAUGCUAUUAAAUAAGUUAUGUACUUACAUGACGGUGCACACAUCAAGUGCAUUAUAAAUCGGUUUUUUGAAUUCGAAAACGAAAUUGUGCCAAAAAGAUCAUAAAAACAAGAGGUCGAAUAAUAAGCGACAGCGUAAGAGGUGGUCUGGGUCCUGUCGGAACGCUGGCCGGCGAUGUGGCAACCCUAGGCAAAUGAACUGUUUUUACCUGCAGAAACACAACAAAAAAAACAACAAAACAAAAUCGCCUCACAACGGAUAAUUUAGUGGAAUUUUCAAAAAUAGCAAAGCUAGCAGAGAAGGAACAGCCGCAGCAGCAGCAGCAAUAAUCCCCCAGCGAGAGCACAGACCAGGCACAAUAAUCAAAGAUUAAAUCAGGUUUAUAUGGAAAGGGUUAGCACGGCGCAGGAAGGAAUACACGUUUCCUAGCUAAAGCAACAACAACAACAACAACACACCUACAACUGAUUACACACACACAGAUACACUCACACGAACGAGAGCCGAGAGAGAAAGAGAGAGCACGGACGAAGCAACACGAAGAGAAGACGACGUUCGCAGCGUAAAGUUGGUUGCUCGCUGAGGCACUUUUCUCAUUUUCUUUUCGGACGUCGUGCGGAGCGGCGGUGAAAACUCUCGGCGGCAAAAACACAAGAUAAGAUUUUCCGAUUUUCCGUAUGUUAGCAGCACCAGCACCAGCGGCAUUCGGCAUUUGUUUUGAAAGUAAAGCGAACGAAAAAAAAAAAAAUAAAACAGAGACGGCAGAGAAAAACCGCGCCUCUCUCGCCUCACAUAACUGUGUCUGUGUCUCUGCGUGCGUGUGUGUAUGUGUAUGUGUAAGUGGGCGCGAACGUGAGCCGCAAAAGGAAGUGAAAAUAGUGCAAAAAGGCCAAGUAAUAAUAAUAAUAAUAAAAUAGGCAAAAAGACAGGCCCGCAAAGCAAGAAAGACCAGACCAGUUUCAAAAAGCCUAGCUAUAGCUACUAGCGCCUAUUUGCAGGGCCCGUGUCUGUGUGAUGUCUGUGUGUGUGCCGAGAAGGUGAAGGUGUAUGUGUGAGCCCCAACAACAACAACAAAAACAACUAGAAUCGACCACAUACGGGGAAAAGGAGCAGCGAAAGGCAGCAGCAACAGCAGCAGCGGCAGGCAGGCAGCAAUAAGAAUAAUAAAUUACACUUUGCUAUAAUAAGAAAAAUUUAUACAUACAAUACACAUACAAGCUCCGAAGAGAGAGGCCCACACAUGUACAACUAAUAUUACCCGUAUGUACAUAUAUAUCAGUCGCUGUGGAAAAUUGUAAUAAAAUAUAUGAAAACGGGAAAUUGCCCGGAAAACUAACAACAAAAAAAAAAAUAGAAAUAAAAGUGGGAAGAAAAAGAUGAGAACAUUUUGAAAUUGAAAUCUGUGCCAUUUUAAGCUUUAAAUAAAUUGUAAAGAAAAGAAAUAAAAUACACCAUAAACCAAGUACAGUAUUACAACCAAUAAAGCACACAACAUGUCCUGCAUAUCGAGCAACUUCAGCUCCUUCUUCCUCAACUCGCUCAACGAUCCUUCAGAGUUUUCCAAGUACUUGAGCAAUGGCGAGCUGAAAUGCUCGAAUUUCGAGGAAUUUCAAGUGUUUGGUUGCGGCGCAGGCGCGACCUCCCAGCCACUGCAGUCGUCGACGCAGCAGCAGCAACAACAACACCAACAGCAACAGCAUCAGCAGCAACAACAAUCACUACAGUAUUCCCACACACAUCAUCUACCCAGCACAGCAGCGGACUUUUCACCCUACGAUGCUGCGACGCAGGCAGCGACGUCGCAGCGGGAAACCUGUGCCGGCAGCGCCGCAUCCACCAGCUCAGGUAGCAGUACCGUUAACUCUGCUUACGCCGUCGCCUCUGCCGAAGCCAGCGCAGCCGCAACGCCGACGUCUGCAGCGUUAAAUGCGCCAGGAUCUGGAUCUGGAUCUGGAGGCUCUAACCAUCCCGUUGCGCUGAACAGCAGCCCCUCCAGCAAUCGUUGGCCCACGGCGGUGGCCACGCCCAACGGCCAUGCCUCCGCCGCCGCAGCAGCAGCAGCAGGAUCGGUGCCCCAACACUUCGAUGGCUCCUUCGAGUUCAUCAAAUACCUACGGCAUUCGGCGGAUUUCACGCCCAGCACCCCCACCGCCAGUGAGAGUGCCGCCGAGAAGGGCGGCUGCAAGCCGGCCAUCGCUGCCGGAACUCCUCCGCCGCCGGCCCAGUCACCCGUGGCCGGUGGUCUUAUCGAUCUGGACACCAGCACCUCUCAGAAAUCCCGAUCGGCUUCGAGAAAGGUAGCCGCCCUCCUGUCUUCCGUUUCCCGAGCUUCCAACAGCCUGGUGGACACCAGCUCCUCGGCCCUGGACGUCUUCGAUCACGACUCGAAACAGACCAUGUUCGAUCUGCAGCAGAUGGCCUCGAACGGAUCCUCCAACUCCAAUGAGUCCUCCCUGGAGAUGCUGGCCUUCCCCAACUCCCACCUCAAUGCCUCCAAUUCGAACACAUCGUCCGAGGGAGCGGCAUGCGGGAGUGCCGGUGAGUUUGGCGGCAUCCUAACCGGCGCCAGUUGUUCCUCAUCCACUGCCUCGUCCUCGUCGCAUGCCCCCAAGUUGCUGGGCAGUUUUGUGAUCAAGGAGAACUUCGAGGUGCAUCCGUCGCACAAAGUGGAGGAGGGCAUAUUCCAGCACAUGAACAAGCUGCCAUCGAAGAAGAAGGACACACUGAAGCAGCUGGGCGUGAGGUUCACUGGCCAGAUGACUCUGACGGACAAAUCGAUUGUGGUGGAGAACUUUAUCAAAUUCUGCGAGGAAUAUGACAUCAAGGAUCAUCGGCCCUGGCUAUCCUUAAAUCAGUGUGGUCUGAACAAACCGGAACAGAUAAAAUUCGCUCGAUAUUUGGGCCAGGGACUGCCGACGUUCACCCUCUUUUGCAUUUAUAGCAAUUUUAAGAAUCUAUUUUGCACGAAACGCACAGAAAUCUAUACGAAGGAUGGCUACAAUCUGCCUUAUAUACUCGACAAGACCAAGCGCUUCCUGGCCAACACAACAGCUGACCUCAAGAACAUGGCCGCCGCCAAUGAUGGCUCCCUGGAGUUUGCCACCAGCGGUGGCAGCUGCAGCAGCAGCAGCAACAGCACCACCAGCAGCAGCAACACCAACAUCGGCAGCAACAGCAACAGCAGCAGCAGCAAUGGAGCAAUGGCUACUUCCUCGGUCGUUAAUGCGAAUCCUGGUUAUGUGACGGCCCCCACGUCCCAGCAACAGCAACAGCAGCAGCAUCUCGGUCUGGAUCCUCGGUAUGGUGGCCCGCCACAUCCGCCGCAGUUGCUGCCACCGCCACCGAUUCCGGCCCUGGGACCGCCACCCCGAUCGCUGGAGCAACUGAUCAUCUAUGAGAACUUCGAUGUGCACGAGACGCACCGGAUCGAGGACGGGGUUUGCACACACAUUAGCCGCCUGCCGCCCAAGAAGCAGGAGCUAUUGAAACAGUUCGGUAUACAGAGUAGUAGCCAGCAAUGUCUGAGCAAUUAUGAAAAGUACAUACUCAUCGAAAACUUCAUCAAGUUUUGCAAUGAAUAUCAGAUAUCCGAUCAUCGACCCUUUUUGGACUUCCACGAGAGCGCUUUAUCCAAAUGUGAGCAACUUAAAUUUGUACGAUAUCUGGGCCAGGGGCUAUCCAAUCUGACGCUAAACAAGAUCUAUGUGGCCUUCAAGGAGCUGCUGGGCAACGGAAGGCCGGAAAAAGUGAGUAUGGAAGGUUAUAAUCUGGAUGCCCUCUUGAAGAAGAAACGUAAAAAUCUAUACAAUCGCAUGCACGCUACUGCCCCCAGCAUUGACUUGACUGCCUAUGAGUCAUCCCAGCAUAAUCCACAAUCGCACCUUGCCACGCCUCGUCCCCAUCACGCCUUUGCCGCCCUAAACGCUGUUACGCAGCGCAGCGAAGUAUGCAACGAAUUGACGCACACGGGCUUGCAGUACAGUUACGCCGGACACGGAUCCCGGUAAAGACAGGCCCACGAAUCCCAAACUCCAAAGCUGAAAUCCGCAUUGAACAACAUAUACAUAUAUAUACUUCUUCCUGGAACUGGACCAGUAACUGUUGUGUCUUCGAAAAAAAAAUUAAAAAGUUAAUAAAGAAAAAAAGUAAUUUAAUCGCCGCUAGCGUGCCGAUUGUUAAGAGAAAUCAUUGAAAACUAAGUGCUAAAUUAAUGAGAAAACAGAACCCAGAUAAUGAGAGAUAACCCAAAUACCAGACCCUAGUAAAAUUAGCCUAAAUGUUAACAAAAUUAAUAUUAAAUGGAAUGAAAUUCAAUUAAGGCAACCAGAUAAAACACACUAAAGCAGACAUCAAAUGAUAAAGAUUAGAUUAAGCAAGGUAACCAUAUACAAUAUAUAUAUUAUAACGAGUAUAGCGUAUAUUAACGUGUAUGAAGAUAUUUCUGUAGUUGCCAUAGCGCUUAGAGGGUGCAGCACACACACUUCCAAAUAUGGCCAAAUAUCCUGGCCGGUACUAAACAGACAUAUUAGCUUCGGUUUCCAAACAAAAAUUCUCUAAAGAAUCCUAUCCCCUAACCCCCAUUACGCCGGCAUUAACAUAGAGAUUAAAAAUAAAUAUUAAAAAACACCAAAAAUUAAGAGAAAAAAAGAGAAAACUAAAUCAAAGACCUCCCAUUGAAAGUUCCCAAAACAUACGCAUACUAAGUAACUUGUAGAGCCUAGCUUGUAAGAUGGAACAAAUUUUUAGAAUAGAACUUGGAAAUGCGGAAAAGCGGCACAGAGAUCAGAUCAAAUGAUUAACAAACUAAAUAUUCCUAUAUACAAUAUACAUAUUAUAUACAAAAUCAAGCAUCAAAUACGCAAAUCAAAUACAACCAACAAGGAAACAACAAACAAACAAAAAACAUAGCAACUGUAAAUGAUAUAUAUACCAAAAAAUAUAUUCUAUACCAGCAAGCAAGG